UGAAGGCUGAUCAGUACCCUAGAGAAGGAACUUGAUUAUCGACUGUGUCUACAACAUGGCAAGCGGUCCAUCAGAAACUAUUCUAGAAGAUUUCCUGUCUUGUGGAAUCUGCCUGGAGCCGUAUAAGAAGCCUAAGAUUCUUCCUUGUGCUCACACUUUCUGCGAGAGAUGCCUGAAGGCGCACACAAAACUCAAGAGGAAGUUCUCCUGCCCUCAUUGCAGGCGGCAGGUUAUCCUCCCACCGGAAGGAGUAAAAGGGCUCGGUGAUAACUUCUGGAUCGGAUCCUUCCGCGACAUCCUGGAGGCGCAGAGGCAGUCGCUGGGCAUUGUGGGUACAGGAAGGCGGUUGUGUCAGGAACACGAAGGCGAACAACUGAAAUACUUCUGCAAGAGCUGUGACGUCACAAUAUGCUCGGAUUGCAUAAUCUUCAAUCACAAUCAGCAUGACGUCACAAAAAUCGGACAGGUCAUACAGAAAAAGCGGGAAGAGAUGAAAACCCAGAUCGAAGAGGAGAGACGUAACCUUCGAAAAUUCGUGUCCAAACUUGACACCCUGGACAUGGCGGAAAAGGAGAUCCACGAAAAAAAGCAUGACGUCGACGUCCAAAUCCGCCUCUGCGCGCAGAGAAUUCUGGACGAGAUUGAGAAGGAACGGGACGCCUUGUUGGGAGAAGUGUCUAGUGCAGCACAGAGGAGAAUAGAGGUCAUCUCCGACCGCAGAAAAGUCGUCCAACAAGAGCUAGCCGAACGGAUGGCCAUCAUCGAACGAGUCAACAAAGCCUCCGCAGCAGAGGAUCUCGUUGAGAUGAUGGCAAUAAAAGAUACGUUAAAACAAACAGGUGGAGCGGCAAUCGAUGAUUUUGAAAACGACCUAACCAUUCCAACUUUAAACGUGGUCUUCCGCGCGCAACAAAUUCCGCUAGCCAACUUCAAGCUUGGCUUUAUCGAAGAGAAGGCAGCUGAUGCAGACACAGUGAAGAAAAAUGGCGGCCCACACGACACCGACAGCUUCCUGACCUUGGAAGCUGUUGCUGUUCCAAACAGCCCGAUCGCCUUACAGCAGGACAGCAAGGCUUCUUCAACCGACCCGACGGUUCAAGAAGAGGCUGCUACGUCAUCCUCGGGUGCAGUCGGAGGCGACACGGAAAGCGACGAUCUUUUCCACGAAGUUGAGAGUCUUCUACUCGAGCCGGUACCGACCUCAAUGUCGGUCCCAACAAGGUUACCCGCCCGUCCUAAGAAUCCAUUCGGACAGAGAGGCACAGGAGACGGAGAAUUCUGUUCUCCAGAAAGGAUCGCCGUCUCGGAAGAUGGAGACGUGUUUGUCUUAGACUGUGGUCUGAAGAAGGCGAGCAUCCAGGUGUUUGAUCUGAUGGGAGUGUUUCAGCAGAGAAUCCUGUUCGAAGACGUGAACGUCAGGGCCAUGAGCUUCCGGGAAUACGAGAAACACAUCAUCGUCUUAGGAAGCUCUCCUAAAGAGUCGUGCAUGGUUCUGCAAGAGUACAGCAAAUAUGGGUACCUGCAUCGGAGCAUGCGCCUUGGCAUCCCGUUCUUACGUAAGGCUGACAUCACAGAGUGCCCGGAUGGAAACGUCGCCAUUGUGGACGAGAAUUCUGGGAACGUUUACAUCAUAGAUCAACAGGGAAAACGAGUGGCGACUUUUUCUGCAGACGACAACCCGGGCAGAUCUACGUCAUGCUCCAUAGCAACGGAUCCGACCAAUGGGAACAUCGUAGUGAGUCUGGCCACGAAGGAAAGCAUCAAGGUGUUCGACUCGUGCGGGCGGUUCGACUUCGAGUUCGGCUCGUUCGGGAACGGCGAGGGACAGCUGUACCACCCCACGGGCGUCUGUACGGACAACCUGGGGAACAUCAUCGUGGCGGACUCGGGGAACCACAGGAUACAGAUGUUUGACUCGUCGGGAAGAUUUCUGAGAGUCAUUGCGUCUGACAGAGAGAAGCUGCAAUGGCCGCGAGCGAUAGACCUAACCAGUGAUGACAGGGUGGUGGCAGCAGAUACCGGAGCUUGUUGCGUGUUUCUGUUCCCUAUUUACUUCCGGUGAUAUAUUUUUUUUGCUUAAACCCCAUGCUAAGAUUAUCUGCAAAACUAAAAACGUAGAUGAUCAAACGUACCUUGAAUGUUUAAGUCCAUGAUAAGAAUGUGCCUUAGUUGGUUUUUGGUAAUCUUUAAGAAUUGGGACUUUCGGCAUGUUACGUGAAAGAAUUAUCAUUUAAUUAAUUCUAUCUUAGAUUAGAUAGAAUGUACUUUCUAGUUUUUCCUGAGACUUUUACGUUAUCGAUAUCCUUUUAUCAUUUUUAUUCUAUUAUAUGUAUUAUAUGUCAUUUAGUAUCUACAUGUAUAUCCAUGAACAUGAUGUAACAUCAUACUCGUAUGUACAUGUAUAGGUAUUUAGCCCUAUGGGCCUGAACAUGCAAUACUAUUGCAUGUUCAGGAUCUUUGAAAGAUUCACUAUGUUUUAUUACCAAUGAAUAUUGUAGUAGUAUGCGCAUAGGAUGUAGAAAGACUUCCAAUAUAUUCCAGGUAACAAUGCUAAUAAUUGACACACCAUGACCACUGUUUGUACAGUUAAGUUCAAUAAAAAAAUGGUAAACAAAA